CAGCCUGAAUGCUGCCGGGUCAUAGAGAAACGUUUCUGUUUGCUAUAUUCCGGGUGCUAUCAUCGGGGAAGUAUGCCCACAGUUUGUACAGUUACCAGCUAAUAAUGAUUUACUUUUUACAACAUGAUUAGUCCUGAAAGAUAACUAGGUCAACUAGCAGUGGCUUAAAAUCAGUAGGCGGAUUUUUACAGGUUAACUUCAGUGGUCAGCUGGUUGAUACAGUAGAGCUAGCUUAAUUGCUAGCUAGCAACGAUUGUAACGCGUGCUCGUAACAUCCAAGCUCCUUAUUGUACAAGAACAAUGGCCUUCAAGUCAGGAGAGGAGCGUCUGAAGGAGAUGGAAGCUGAGAUGGCUCUUUUUGAGCAGGAGGUUCUCGGCGGUCCAGUAUCAGGAAGCCCACCUGUUAUGGAGGCAGUACCUGUCGCUCUUUCUGUUCCAGUAGUGCGGCCCAUCAUAGGCACCAACACUUACAGACAGGUCCAGCAGACAUUAGAAGCCAGAGCUGCUAGUUUUGUUGGUCCUCCAACACCAGCAUUUUUGGGACCAGUCCCUCCAGUACGUCCACCCAUGAUGAGACCAGCCUUUGUCCCCCAUAUCCUGCAGAGACCUGGAGCACAUCCAUAACAAAUGCCACUUGAUCGUGACAUCUGGUUGUCUGUGCUUCAACCAGGCUUGUCAAGAAACCCAAGCACUCUGUCCAGCUGCUCAUCCUCCUUUUUACCCUGCCCUUCGAUGAUGCCCAGGAGGAUGCAAAUUUUCCAGCGAUGACCACCUGUAAACAUAUAUUUUUUUGGAGGAUGCUCAAAGUAAAUGUACAAACACUAGGCUAAUAGAAAAUGUUUCACUUCAAUAAUUCAUUUAUCAUGUUUUGACCAAAAUGUGUUACAGUAUGCGACUCUAAAUUUCAAACUCACUUCAAGGUGUUGCAGCAGGCCUUUAUCCUGAGUGAUGCACGUUACAAGAAGGUCACUGGUGACUCUUCUUUGGUGUUCAGCUUGCUUAGCCCUUUCCUAAAAUUUGAUUAAAUAGCAUUUAGAUGUUAAACGUUAUUCCGGCUAAGUAUAUUAAAUAAGAUUUGUUGUUUCUUGAUCCUUUGCAUGUCCUUACCACAAGCCUGUCGAAAGACGUGUCUUCACUCAGGAUCCCAACAUCUCUGGUUGUGGUGACCACGUCAUGUUGGUCCAUGCUGUCAUUAUUGUCCUUAAUCAAGACACAGAAAGACAUGACUUGGUGCACAGCUGUAAACACUGGAUAUUUUGUUCCCAUGCAAUAAUCGUCACUCGCAUUAACCUGCUCUCUGGGUGGAAAGCUGUAAGGCCUCUUGCUAGACAUGUGGUCGGUGGUGUGGUCGGUGGCAUGGUUGGUGUCCUGUGGAAAGCAAACCAUAAUUGUGUCAGUUUGUUUAAUGGGGAUCCAGAGAUGAUUUACAUUUGCAACUUAUUAUUUCACCCCCAUUGCAAAUUCUUAAAUUAUUGAUCAAAUGUACACUUUCUGCUUUUUACAAUAAACAAACCAACCAAAAAACAUUGGAAAAGUUCAAGACAA